AUGGAGGAAGAAAUUGACGAAGUUGAACAACAAUUAAAUAAAAAUACAAAUAAGACUUGCACAAAAACAACUCGAAAAAGUAAAGAAAAUAAUUCAGAAAAAAUUGAAAAAUCAAAGGAAUUGUCACCAAAAAUCGAAAAAAGGAAGAGUUUAGACAACCCAAAAAAUUCUACUUUUAAUUCUUCCUUUAUACAACAACAACCAACACCUCAAUUAUUACCUGCUCCCCAACCUAUUUAUUGUUUUUAUGGGGGAUAUCCACAAAAUUCUUUGCCGUAUUUUGGGGGAAAUAAUUAUUCUCAAUGUCCUCCUGGUUAUUUUUGGCCGCCUACGGGAAAUCCUAAUUUAUGGCAAAAUGGAGGAAUGAAUUCUUCGGGAAAUAAAGAAGAUAACGAAGAUGAAGAAAAUACAACAAAAAAGCAAAAAUUGCAGCAUCCGCCAUCUUUACCGUUUCACCCAUCUCCAUCAACUUUUCCUCCCCAAUUUUCUCUUUUUCAACAUCUUUAUUCUGGUAACAGCAAUGGAAGUAUUAUGGGUGGUUUCUAUCCUCCUCCAACUGCAACUCCAACUCCAACAGCAAUGCCUUUGUUUAAUCCUUCUAAUGGAUAUUUUUAUCCACCUCCCUAUUAUUUUCAAAAUAAUGCUGCUGUGUUUUUUAAUCAAAAUAAUUUGAAAGUAAAAGAGGAAGUGGAGGAAGAAGAAGAAAAUGAGGAAGAAGUGGAAGAGGAUAGAGGGAAGGAAGAUAAAGGAAAGGAAGAGAAGGAAGGAGAAAAUAAAGAAGUUAACGAAGAAAUUGAAAUAAAAGAAAAUUUAAAUAAGGAACAAAAGGGUAAUGAAGGAAAAAUUAAAAUGGUUGGGGGAAGAAAACGUGAAAUUGAUGAAAACUCUUUUACAAAAUUUCUGGAAGAAUUAAAAGUUCCAAAAAAUAAACCUGUUGAAAAUAAUAGCCCCUUCGUUUUGCCUGAUCACAUUAAGAGUAAUAAGGACAAAGAUGAAUUAAAUGGGGAUGAUACGGAAAGAUUUGUCUGUCUGAUUUGUGGAGAUGUUGCUGGUAGACAUUAUGGUGUUAUUUCUUGUGAGGGGUGCAAAGGAUUCUUUCGUCGUACAGUGACUUUAGGAAUUGAUUUAAAGGCUAAUUUUAAAUGUAGCACUGGAUUGGAGAAGUGUAAAAUGACUAAGGAAACACGAAACAACUGCCCUUUCUGUCGUUUUAAUGCAUGCAUUCGCAUAGGCAUGGAUCGUGUUGCGCUUCUUAAACGAGUCAAAAAAAUGUACAAAUUUGAUAAUUCAUUGAUUAGUCAAGAUAAGGUGGGCAAGGGUCUUACAAAGGAGCGUGUAUCACUUGAAAUAGUCAAUAAAAUUUGUCUUUCAUUUAAAAAUAAUUGCUUACAUCGUCGAAACAAUACAAUAAACAAUUUGGAAGACUUUAAAAAUUAUUUAUUUUUAUUUUUUACACAAAGCAUUGAAAUUAUUACGAAUGAUAAUGAAAAGGAAGAAACAGCAUUGAAAAAUAAAGAAUUUGAAAAAUCAGAAGAGAAAACUAGGUUUUUAAUUGAAACAAACUUGGAUGCAUUUUUGGUUAUUCGACACGUUUUUAUUGACGAUUUACCUUUAUUGAAACAAUUUUGUAGCAGUGAAGAUAAUGAAAAAACUGAACUAAAGGAAACUGAAGAUAAUCUACUUGCAAAAAUAAUGACGAAGGUUGACAAGUUUCGCAAAGGAUUGAGUGCAGAUGUGCUUCAACCUGAGGAACAUGCACUAGUUUCAGCUUUAGGAUUUUGUUUUCUUCUUGACUCUUGUGAUGGCAGAAUUUUACGUUCAAAAGAAAAGAAAUCUUCUUCAAUCUCAAAAUCAGAACGAGCAUAUUAUGACCAACUUCGAGAUUGUUUGUAUACACAAAUGUCAAUUCGUGACCCGAGCAGAUUUAAUCAUAAGGCUUAUAAUGCAUUGUGCCGUAAUUUAAAUAAUUUAUUUGAAACGACUGACUAA